AAAAUUCUUAAAUGGAAAAACGGAAAGUCAAGAAAUCAGCAAGGAAACCCAGAAACAUAGGCAUUGACGGAGGAGAAGGGAUGAUGGAGCCUCUCAAGGUUCUUAAGAAGGCUAAAGCUGAGUUUAACAAUGCUAAGACAGAUAAGGAUUAUUCCAACAUCAUCAAAACACUUCAAGAGACUAGCAAGCCAGACUUACCUGACAUCUAUGCUCUGAUUGGUCAGUGCUAUAUUCGAAUGGGAGCCUACGACAGAGCUGUUCAUUCCUUCACUGAAGCAGCUGAUAGUGCCGAGAAAGAGCCUGAGCACUACAAUUGGUGUGGGUAUUGCUACCAGCAAUUAAACAACUCUGAUGAAGCUCUAGCUCAUUACACCAAGGCUAUCCAGCUUGGCAAGAAUAACGGAGAAUAUUACUACAACAGAGCAACUGUGAAAAAAGAAAUGAACAAUUAUAAAGAAGCCAUUGAAGACUUUGAAUUAGCUAUAAAACACCUCGAGACGAGGUCUAGCUCUGAUUCUAAACAACAGGAAAUAAUCUAUCAGGCCUAUUACUCUAAAGGUAUUUGCCUCAGACAGUUAGAGAUGCUGGAUGAGUCAAUCCAAGAUCUGAAGAAAGCAGUUGAUCUCAAGCCUGAUGAGCCAAGUGCUCAUAACAACCUUGGAAUGUCCUACUUCAAGGCAGGAGAUUUCGAAGACUCUACAAUAGAAUAUAGUAAGGCAAUCAAUCAUGUAAAAACUGAGCACAAGAAUUAUGAGCUUGACCCAGAAAUUAUGAAGCAGAUUGCGAUCUUCUGCAAUAACAGAGGACUGGCUUUCUAUCAUCAACACAGAUAUGCAGAAGCAAAGACAGAUUUUGACGAAGCUAUUAGCCUUGAAGGCGAUGAUGCCAUCUAUUAUUUCAACAGAGGAAACAAUUCGUAUGACCAAUCUCUUCUCCUCGCCAACAUAGAAGGGAGUGAAGAAAAUGCGAAAAAGCUGUACCAAGCAGCCCAUGCAGACUACGAUAAAGCAAUUGAACUCAAGCCUACAGAUCCAAGAUUCUACCACUCAAAAGGUCUCGCCUUCGAAGGAACAAAUAACGAGGAAGAUUAUGACGAAGCGAUCCAGAACUUCCAAAAAGCAACUGAAAUAGACGAUAAGUUCUUCGGAGCAGAAGUCCAUUUAGGAAACAUGUAUCACAAAAGUAAUGAAUUUUUGAAGGCUCUUAAGUGCUACAGAAAGUUCUUGGAUAAUUACAGCACUCACGAAGAUGUAUAUGUCAGUAGAGGUCUUGUGUACCAAGAUAUGGGUAACCACCAAUUCGCUAUUAAAGAUUUUGACUCAGCCAUUAAAAUAAACCCAAAGUGUUCAGAUGCAUACUAUCAUAGAGGAGUCUCAGAGCUCAAGAGUAGGAGGUACUCCAAAGCUAUCGAGGAUCUUACCAAAGCAAUAGAGGAGAGGACCAAGGAUAAUUAUGGAAUCUAUGAUGCACUUGGGUGCUGAUACCAAGCCCAGAAAGAUUACGAUCUUGCCUUUAGGUACAUGGAUGAAGCUAUUAGCAAAGAACCUACCAACAUCCAGUUCUUAAUGAAUAGGGCUCAAUGAAAUUUUGAGCUUGGUCAUGAUGAAGAUCCUGAAAAGCAAAUAAGGCACUUUACAGCAUCUAUCGAGGAUUUAGAAGCAGCUUUAGAUAUUGACGAGAAUGACCCAAAAGUUCUUUAUAAGCUAGGACUUUCUUACUACGCAUUUGGAAAAUACAAAAGAUGCAUUAAGACUCUUAAAGGGGCACUCAAAUGAGUUCAAGAGAUCACGAGCUCUGGAAUCCACACGAUCACGUACGAAUCUGAUAUUUUCUACCACAUCGGAAUUGCUUAUAGCAAUCUAGAAAGAUUUGAAGAAGCCGUUUAUCCACUUACAAAAGCGAUUGAACUGAUCCCAAGUGAUAUCAGGUAUGUCCACGAAAGAGCUAAGGCAUAUCAAAUGGUGGAAGAGCAUAGUGCAGCCAUUGAGGAUUUCGAUACUGUCAUUCAUAAGAGUCCGAACAACGCUCAUGCUUACUUCAGAAGAGCUUUCUCCCACAAAGCUCUUAAGAAUUUUGAACAAGCUGCUGAUGACUUUGAGACUGCUAAAAGAAAAGAUCCAACCAACCAAAAACUUGUUGUGAAUUAUAAGAAGCUAAAGGGGAUCACAUGCAUUGUCUUGUGCAGACCAGGAGAUGAGCCAGUAUAUACUUAA